GUCCCGUCGAAUGGAUCGCCAAUCCCAAGUUCCGGUUCCGGCAGCCGACCAGAACGAUCAGCGCCGCCUCCACCACCUUCUCUACGAAGCGGCUCCGGUGUCGUACCAACCCCAAUCCUACGCUUCCCCUCCGCUGUCUUACUUCACGUGCCCUAACCCCAAUCCGAGCGCCGCCGAUGCUGCGGCGGGGGUGAACCCCUUCGACGUCCGCGAUCACCGGAUCGCCACGCCCUAUGCGAUGACGGUUGCUGGUGGGAUUGGCUUGGCGCCUUACUAUAACAUGGCCGGAGGGCAGGCGCAGGAGUUCCCCGCUCUGCCGUUUCAUGUGGAUCCCUCGAGCUAUGGUCCCAUAAGAGUAGCCAUUGAUACCAAGGUAAAGGUCAAAGACUUGGAGAUGAAGAAAUCAAAAGUUAUUCAAGGAGGCGCAGCUGCAGAAUCUGUUAAAAUUUGCACAGUAUGCAAUGUUGUUUGCAACAGUGACAAGGUUUUUACCUCCCAUCUUGCGGGAGAAAAGCACGCCAUUAAGAUGAAAGCCACUGGUACCAUUCCGAAGGUCAAAGAUGUCGAGACGAAGAAAUCAAAAGUUAUUCAAGGAGGCGCAGCAGCUGAAUCUGUUAGAAUUUGCAAAUUGUGCAAUGUUGUCUGCAACAGUGACAAGGUCUUUGCCUCGCAUCUUGCAGGAGAAAAGCACAUCAUGAAGAUGAGUGCCACUGGUACCAAGACAAAGUUCAAAGAUCUGGAGACUAAGAAAUCAAAAGUAAUUCAAGGAGGUGUAGCAGCUGAAUCUGUUAGAGUUUGCACAUUGUGUGAUGUUGUAUGCAACAGCGACAAGGCCUUUGCCUUCCAUCUUGCAGGAGAAAAGCACGUCCUUAAGGCCCAGGGAAGACUUUCCAAUUCACCAUCUAUGGUUUCCCCCAAUGAGACUAUUUUUCCAGCCUGUACAAGUGGCUCACACACUGCCUCCUGGAUUGUACAGCCUCUGUAUUGUGAAAUUUGUAAUAUCAGCUGUAAUAGUGAAGAUGUCCUUAACAAGCACAAAAUGGGGAAAAAACAUAAAAAAAACUUGGAAAAACUACAAGAGACCUUCACAGAAAAGCCUACAAAUGAUCAAGUUGUAGAUUUACAGAUGGAAAACCCAGCUGCUUUUGAGGAAACAGAGAAUAAGACCGGACCAGCAUUGGAGCAGGAUUUGGAGACCAAGAGACGGAAAGUCUUGGAACAAGGGGCGGCUGCAGAUGCAAUUAGAGGCUGUUAUCUAUGCAACGUUGUGUGCAACAGCCAAAAAGUCCUUGACAUUCAUAUUGCUGGGCAGAAACACAAAGCCAUGGUGAAGAAACAGCAGGAGAUCUUAACUAGCAAGAGCUGAUGGCAAUAAGAAUGCCCUUGCUCAAUUCUGGGGUUAUCGAGCAACUUUGUUGCAACAUGUCGACUUUUGUUAUAUAUGGAAACACCAAUCAAUUUGGUCUGCAAAACCAGUGACGGGGUUAUCGAACAACUUAGUUUCUGUUUUCUAAUUGUAGGAAAGUGUUUUAGAUAGUAAUCUGUGCUUCAGACUGGUCGUGAGUUGAUUUUGUUCUGAAACUGUCUUUCGUAUGAACACCUGAUCUGCUGCUAUGCUUUAUGCCUCCAUUAACCAAGUGAUGUAUAGAGUUGUAUGGUGAUCGAACAGAGUGGUUGGCUCUUCUGAAAUGAUUCAGAGAAGCUUUUUAUGUUUUAA